AUGGCUUUCCGUACUGCGCACGUUGCUCUCGCCACACAAAAAUCCGCCGGGAACGAAUACUGGAUGCAUCUCACAAUACUCGGCAUAUCUGUCACCCUCUGUUGUAAUUACAACAUUUACAAUGGCCGGCCAAUAGUGACCCUGAGUUUUUCUAUCAUAAUCUCCAAAGCUCCCGGUAUUUAUAAGGGCCUACUCCGUGGUCGAAAAACUCUGGCAACUAUGUCUUUCUGGACCACGACAUACAUCAAAACCGCGAACAUCGACAAAGCCAACCGUGGAGUCUUCCUUACUGCACUCGAGAAAACAUUGGCGUUCACUCAGGAUGCUAUGGCUGGCAUCAGAUGGGAGCGACUGCGAUCUUUAGCUCGUGCCACGGUGCUCAAAACUUUGACCAACAUUGAGCGAGGAGAAUUACAGAUUGUCUGCGGUCAAGAGACCUGGUCGUUUGGCAGACCUUAUCUCCUCACCCUUGACGGCUUUUCUAAGCCACUGGAGGCCACCGUUUCGAUCAUGGACGAAUCCGUAUGGACACGUCUGUGCCUUGACGCUGAUUUUGGAUUUGCGGAUUCCUUCAUGCUUGGCCUCGUUGAAGUUUCUGCAUUGACAGAUGUAUUUCAGAUAUUUGUACUCAAUAGGAAAAAGCUAGCGGAACUUAAUACGGCCAUCUCUCCUAUCUUUAAGUUCAUAAGCUACAUCUCCAAUUUUCGCCUGGCAAACAAGGUUCUAGGCAGUAAAAGUAACAUCUCUGCCCACUAUGAUCUUUCGAACGAUCUCUUUGCAGGUUUCCUCUCCUGGGAUAUGACUUAUAGUUGUGCUAUUUUUGAUGACGAGGCAGGCGGCUAUAAUGGAGAUCUACGCGAAGAGCGGUUCAUUGCACCUCCCCGAAAACACCAAAAGGAGAAACGCAGCUAUCCGCCUGACGAUCUGGAACGUGGCCAGCUCGCAAAGCUUCAUCUUAUUGCCAAGAGAGCCAGGAUAACGAAAGGCUCUAGGGUCCUCGAAAUCGGAUGUGGAUGGGGGAGUUUUGCUAUACUGGUUGCUAGAGAAUAUGGAGCCCAAGUCGAUACGAUCACAAUCUCAGAAGUACAAAAGGUUGCGGUGGAGGAGAACAUCGAGGCCGAAGGGCUUUCGCAUGCAAUAACGGUCCACUUGGUUGACUACCGUGAUAUGCCAGAGGCCUUCCAUCAUGCUUUCGAUGCCGUGGUAUCCAUUGGUGUGAUGGAACAUGUUGGAAUCGAAUACAUGGAUCAAUGGUUCAGACAGAUGUCAUGGGCAAUGAAGGAAGAAAACUCUGUGAAAGCGUUCACAAUGUCGACAGUUCCGGACACACGAUGGGCAAUGUACUCGACGGAAGUUGAUUUUGUACGAAAAUACAUCUACCCUGGUGGCCAACUUUCCUCGGUAGCUACAUUGGUCCAAUCUUGCUGUAAGGCCGGUCUCAACGUUGACACGAUUGAGAACAUUGGUCCUCAUUAUGCCCGAACUCUACGUGAAUGGCGAUAUCGUUUCGAACGCAACUUCAAUACCCAUAUCGCGCCUUCCCUACAAGCCCAAUACCCCUCUCUUACACAGGAAGACGUUGAAAUUUUUCGGCGCAAAUGGAUAUAUUAUUUUGCGUACUCAGAAGCUGGAUUCGGCUUAAAUAGCAUAUCGGAUCAUGUGUUCACGCUAACUCGCGAGGCCAAUCUUCGUCUCUGA